AUGUAUACUCAUCAUCAAUUCAAGGCUUAGUGUGAGUUGGUUAUUAGCUAAUGCUACUAUAAGGAAGGAGUGAACAGACAAAAUCUGUUAAGAGAUGAACAGCAUUUGCUCUUAAUGUUAUCUAAUAGUCAUCAUCACAAUCACUCAAAAGAACUUCACCUCAUAGAUCAACUUCUAUAGGAUUACAGACAUUUAUAGAUAUACAUCUAUUUAUAGAAGUAAUAAAAAUUUACAUAUAAGUAUUGUGAAACAUGUAGAAAAACAUUUGCACGUCAUUCUCAACUAUUCUCAUGAUCCAUUCUAGAUGAAUAAAAAACUGACCAAGUAAAUUGGAACAAUCUAAUAUGCUGGCCACCAUAUUCAUCAUUUUCCAGAGUUACACUCUUUGGGAAAAAUGUUUCGAGAAUAUUUUGGAAUGAACGUUGAUUAAUUUGAAGUCUGUUCACAAAUGGUGGAAUUAUGCACAGACCUAUAACUUUUGAAAAACGUUUAUCUAAGCUAUUUUUGUAAGAAUUACGGAUUGAUGGCAAUCACAGUUUAAAACAAUGGACAUUAUUUUACAGAUGUUUAUAAGACCUAUGACUUUUAUAUACCAGAUGAGGAUUAUGCCCUACCUCCCCCUGGAGGCUAUAGCAAUAUAUAUCCAACAACCCAAUUGCAAAACCAAUCAUUUCCUCCAUCAUAUGGAUAAAGUGUCAAUACAUAUCCUUAAACAUACAACAAUCCCUUGCCUUCACCUGGAUAAUACCCUCCUUCUGGAUAAUAUCCUCAAUCAGGUCAAUACCCUCCUCCAGGAUAAUACCCACCAAGUCAAUACCCUGCUUAAGGCCAAUACCCUCCACCAGGUCAAUAUCCUGCUUAAAACCAAUAUCCUCCACCAGGUCAAUAUCCUGCUUAGAACCAAUAUCCUCCUCCUAAUUAAUAACCUACAGGCUAUGGAGCUUAAUCGUAUUAAUAAGGACAACAAGCACCUUAUUAAUAACCAUAUAAUCCAACCAAUUAGCCAUACCAGAGUUAUCCUUAAUAGUAAACCAAUUAUCCUCCCCAGUAACCAUCUCCUGGCUAUCCUUCAUCAAAUAUCUAAUAAUAUAAUGUUCCUAACCAAUAACCUGGAUAUCCACCAUAACCACCUUAGGCUUCUUCAUAACCAAAUUAUGCUCCAAUGCCACCCCCAGCAAAUCAAUAGUUUCCCUAUAGUUGAAACAUAAUAUAUAUUUGGAUCUAAAAGUAGC